AUGGCGGCCGUUCUACAAAAUAGAGCAUCUCGGAAACGAUGUUUUGUAACUAUUGGUGCUACUGCACCGUUCAACAGCCUCAUCAAGGCUGUGCUCGCCGAUAACUUUAUAACACAACUACAGCAGCUAGGCUACAACGAGCUGCGGGUACAGUACGGUGAUCAUGAAGGGGAAGCUAUCUACAACGAAAGACUCGAAUAUCUCAAGUCAAAGCUCGGGGACGACGAUUUUACAAUCUCCGGAUUUGGCUUUGAUAAAUCAGGACUUGGCCAGGAGAUCCUGGCCGUCAAAGGUCGGUCGUCAGAAACGGAAGGGACUGUAAUCAGCCAUGCCGGCUCUGGCUCGGUCCUGGAUGUGUUAAGGGUGGGCAUCCCGCUCGUGGUUGUGCCCAACACCGACCUACUACAUAACCAUCAAGUUGAACUUGCCGAGGCUCUCGCUGAGCAAGAGUAUGUUGUGCACGGGAAGAUAGACGAUCUCGAAUCAUCUUUAUCAAGCAUCGAAAACCUACGAAGCAAGAUGCGUAAAUGGCCUCCGCUCCGCUCCGGCGAGCAAAAGUAUGAAAAUGGAAUCGCUGAUGUAAUGGCGGAGGAAAUGGGAUGGCAACUGGAUUGA